UUUGUCUGUAAACAAAAACUAAAUGCUUUGUGGAAAAAUUUAAUUUUUCGCCCUUCUGUAACCAGAUCGUGUCUUAAUUUUUACAGAAUGGAAUUUAUACAUCUUUUACUAAACUCAGAGAAAGGCGAUACGUGCUUUUUAUGUUACAGGAAAAGUUUAAAUACUCAAAAUAUUAGUUCUAACCUAGAAGUAAAGAGCCAACUCUUUGACGAUACUUUAAGCUUAGCUAAUAUGAUUAUAUCUUUAUUUCCUUCAUUCGAGCUGACUUUGACCAAAUCAUGUGACAACUGUGCAGACCUGAUCAUUAGGAUGUACAUUACAAUGCGCAGAAAUAAUGUCCAGAAAACAAUUUUUAAUAAUAUUAUUGACUCUAUUAAUAAAGAAAUCAACUACAAUAAUAUUUCAAGCUUUGGAAAAUUAGACAUUAACAUUAAUUUAUCAAAAGUUAUGGAUGUUAGAAAGCAGCCAUUAAAAGCCUCCGAUAAAUAUGAUUGUUCUAAUACAACAGAUGAAAAUUAUGAUGAACUUAUGACAAACAAAUUCGAAGAACAAAGUUCCACCCAAGAAAAUCAAUGUCCAAACUGCUAUAAAGUGUUUGACAGUAUUAAAAAGUUUAAAACACAUAUGAAAAGUCAUAAACGAAGUCGAAAAAAAGUUUAUUACACUUGUAAUAAUUGCAAUUAUAAAAGUCUAUGCAAAGAAUCGUUGCAAGGACAUAUACAUAAGAAACAUUUGAAAAUAAGACCUCAUGUUUGUGAUAUAUGCUUCAAAGACUUUUACCAUAGAAAAAAUUUGGUCGAGCAUAGUAAAAGGCAUUUGGAAGUUAGGAAUGAAAUUUGCGAGGUAUGCGGCGAUAGGUUUAUCCAUAAAAAGAAUUUGCUGGAACAUUUGAAGCUACAUUCAGGAGAAAGGCCGUACCUUUGUGAAGUUUGCGACAGAAGGUUUAUAACAUCUGGACGUAGAUUGGAACACAUAAAGAGAUGUCAUAGUGAAAAGAACGAGUGUUGUCUACUUUGUAACAAAAAGUUUGGUUUGAUUAAGGAAUUGACUAGGCAUAUUAAGGCUGUUCAUUCAUAGAAAGGUCUAUUUUGUAAAGAUCUAAUAACAUUAAAUAAUAUUAUUAAGUAAAUCUAAGUUCAUAAGACUGGAACUGAAAUAAUAUAAGAAUCUUAUCCAUAUAGGUGUGCCUUCAAAUUAGAAACAAGCCUAAAGUCCAAUGCAUACCUACUGAGGAGUGGAGCUGAGGUCCAGAGCAGCAUAAUUUUUGAAAACAAAUUAAACUUAGCUUUAUUUAUUUUUAGUAGAUGAAAGGGAAAUGCCCAGUCGACAAAUUCGUCGAGUUCUAUGUACAGUAUAGUGCUUUGUUAGUUUUAUUUAUUUUGAAAUUACGUAAUUGAAAGGAAAAUGCCCAGUUGACAAAUUCGUCAGAGUUCUAUGUACAGUAUAGUGCUUUGUUAGUUUUAUUUAUUUUUAAAUUACGUAAUUGAAAGGGAAAUGCCCAGUUGACAAGUUCGUCAUAGUUCUAUGUACAAACUAGUGCUGUGUUGUGUUGUCAAAGUGAACUCGAGGGAGGGAACUCUUGGUUUCUUGAAUCGUCGAUUCACGAUUUGUCAAAUAUUAGGUUACUGCAUGGCUACAAUGACAUGAAAUCAUAGAAAAAUAGGCCUACCAUGUCAAAUGUACUAACAUUUGAAGCGUGCCAGUAAAGUCUCGACGUUUUAUUAGAAGUUCCCUUGGCCACAGAAAUGGCCAUUUGCCCAUAAAAUUAAAAGAAAAUACAGGAUUGAUUUUGUAUAAAAAGUUUUAUUUAUUGAAAAAAAGUUAAGGUUCAAAGGGAAAAUGAUUUUCCAUUCCAAUAAAUAUUCCAUAGGUACAUUAUAAUAUCAAAUAAGUAUAACUAUACUUACAAUAAAUACACUUAUAGGCAGUGAAAAAUGAGUAUUUUACAAUAACUUAACAUAACUUUAAUAUUAUAGAAUCUUAGAAAUUAA